CGCCUCCUCUGCUGGCGGUGUUGAGGCGGGAGCAUUGGGAGCCAUUGCUGGCGGUGGCCGGGCCUCUGAUUGCUCAACGAGGGUCCGAUCUGCCCCCCGGGACAGUGCGAGGACGGGGAGGGAGGCGUCCGUGAAAUAAAAAAAACAUACAGACGUGCACCAGAGAGGCCGAGGCCUGUAAACUCAGUUUGGCGGAGGAAAGAGAGGGACGGCAGUGCCGAUGGCGGAUUUCGCGGCGGCUACGGCAGCGCCUCCGCACGCAGUGGGUACCGGCGCGGCCGGGCCCGGGGCGGCUGGAGCCACCUUCAAAAAGCCGGACGCCUUCGCCGAUGCUGUGCAACGGGCCCGGCAGAUAGCUGCUAAAAUUGGAGGUGACACUGCCACAACAGUAAACCACAGCACGCCAGAAUUUGGAUUUGUUGGUCAAAAGAGGCAACUGGAAGAUGGAGAUCAGCCAGACAGCAAAAAAAUAGCAGCACAAAGUGAUCCAAUUGGAGCCCAGCUUGCAGCCAUACAUCAGCAAAGGACAACUCUUACAGAGGAUUACAGAGUACCAGAUGGGAUGGUUGGUCUUGUCAUAGGUCGUGGUGGGGAACAGAUAAACCGAAUACAACAGGAGUCUGGUUGCAAAGUACAGAUUGCUCCAGAAAGUGGAGGUUUGCCAGAACGAUGUGUCUCGUUGACGGGGAAUUCGGAAUCAAUUCAGACAGCGAAGAUGCUGCUGGAUGAGAUAGUGUCCAGGGGUCGAGGUGGGCCACCGGGUCAGUCCCACGAUUCCACGAAUGGCCAGAGCGGAUCUAUUCAGGAAAUAGUAAUUCCAGCAGGGAAGGCUGGGCUAAUUAUUGGCAAAGGUGGAGAGACCAUCAAACAGCUUCAGGAACGUGCAGGAGUGAAGAUGAUUUUAAUCCAAGAUGGUUCACAAAAUGCUAAUGUAGAUAAACCACUCCGGAUUAUUGGUGAUCCUUUUAAAGUGCAGCAAGCUAGAGACAUGGUGAUGGAGAUCUUGCAUGAACGUGACCAAGGAGGAUUUGGCGACAGAAAUGAGUUUGGCAACCGGGGUGCUGGCGGUGCUGGCGGUUUAGACGUACCGGUGCCACGGCAUUCAGUAGGAAUAGUGAUCGGAAGAAGUGGAGAAAUGAUCAAGAAAAUACAAAAUGAUGCAGGAGUCCGAAUACAGUUCAAACCAGAUGAUGGGUCUACGCCAGAUAAGAUAGCGCAUGUAAUGGGGCCUCCAGAGAGAUGCCAGCAUGCUGCACAAAUAAUUACUGACCUUCUGCAGAACGUGCGGGCUGGGCCACCUGGUCCCCCGGGGCCUGGAAUGCCGGGUCCUGGCCGAGGAAGGGGCAGGGGUCAAGGCACGUGGGGCAUGGGCCCCCCUGGAGGAGAGAUGGCCUUCUCAGUCCCCAGCCACAAGUGUGGUUUGGUCAUUGGUAGAGGUGGGGAAAACGUGAAGGCAAUCAACCAGCAGACCGGUGCUUUUGUGGAAUUGCAAAGACAGCCCCCUCCCAACGGGGAUCCGAACUUCAAACUGUUCACUAUCCGUGGAUCGCCCCAGCAGAUCGAUCAUGCCAAGCAGCUCAUUGAGGAGAAGAUAGAGGGCCCCUUAUGUCCUGUUGGACCCCCAAUGCCUGGUGGCCCUAUGGGACCCUUCCAGCCUGGACCCUUCCCCCAAGGACCUCCAGGAGCUCCUCCGCCACACCCUGCUGCUGGUGGCCCGCCUCCUCCGCACCAGUAUCCUCCUCAAGGUUGGGGAAACACAUACCAACAGUGGCAGCCGCCUGGACCUCAUGACCCAAGUAAAGCUCCUGGAGAUCCAAAUGCUGCUGCCUGGGCUGCCUAUUACCAACAGUAUUACCAACAGCCUCCUGCACCUGUCCCACCCCAACAGCCCGCUGCUGCUCCACCAGGGCCAGAUCCAACACAGCAGCCUCCAGUUCAAGGUCCCGGAGGUCAACCUGAUUACACUAAAGCAUGGGAAGAAUAUUAUAAGAAACUAGGCCAGCAGAACCAACCUGGCCAGCAACCAGGCCCUCAGCAGGAUUAUACAAAAGCAUGGGAGGAGUACUACAAGAAACAAGCUCAGAGCGCCCAGGGGGCGGCAGCAGCAGCAGCAGCAGCGGCGGCACCACAGCCUGGAGCCCAGCCGGAUUAUAGUGCAGCCUGGGCUGAGUACUACAGACAGCAGGCAGCAUACUAUGGUCAACCAGGGGCACCACAACCCGCUCCCCAGCAACCACCCACACAGCAAGGGCAACCGACACAGUGAAGCAAACGGGGGACGAUUGCAGUAUCGUCGGGAAGAAUAUUCCUUUUAACAAUGAUGCAGACUGAUGAAGAUCCAUAGGCUUAGGUUCCCUAUCACUGUUUAAAGACGUUCAUGUUGAGCCAGUGUAGGAGGUAGAUUAAGCUCAGCUCCAACUUCAGAUUCAGUCCGUCUACAGGAGAGAGAAAAAAAAACAAAAAAAUGGAUGGGGGGGAAGUGAAAAAUUCAGGAUAAUACUUUUUUGUUUUUAUUUUAAAUAUAGAUCACUCGGCUUUUAGUUGAAGAUAGUUGAACAUUCCAGACAAUGUACUGUUGAAAUCAAAUCCAUUACACUGAAAAUGGCUGCUGGUCUGUUUUUUGCAUCUUGUUGUCUGUUAAGGUUUAAAAGAAAAACAAUGUAAGCUUGGUUUUUACUUUUUACCGCUCGUUUUACACUUCACAAUAAAUGAUAUUAAAACAG